AUGUUUAUUCUUACUACGAUCUCGGAUCUUAUUCAGAUUUCCCCAGAGGAUUUCUCUAAAUAUAGUUCUAUCGCCAUCGAGGACAACAUCAACGAAAAGUAUGCCAACAAAGUGAUCCAAAAGAUUGGUCUCUGCAUUGGCUUCUAUGACCUUUUAGAGUCAUCAGAUGGUUUGAUCGGCCAUGGGAACGGGCUCGUCAACGUGAACGUCAAGUUUCGGCUUAUUGUAUUUCGCCCAUUUAGAGGAGAAAUUGUGCUGGGCAAAAUCUCUAGCGCUACUGAACAUGGCAUAAAAGUUGGCGUGGAAUUUUUCAACGAUAUCCUCGUACCUCCAGACCUUCUUUUGGACGGUGCUAGAUUCGAUUACCAAGACCAGGUUUGGAUAUGGGAAAAUGAAGAGGGAACCUUCUAUUUUGAUGUAGGAGAGGUUGUCCGCUUUCGCGUCGAAAUGGAAGAAUGGCAUGACCAGAUCCCCAACGCCCCAGAUCUCGGAGAUGGUGCUGCGACUGAUCGCAAGCCACCAUAUUCAAUAAUCGUGCGUACAGGCCCACUGAUACCAUCUGCAGCCUUCUAA